AUGAAACUAUCGCUAGCCCAAGCAGCUCGGCUACUGUAUGUAUGGUGUAUGCGAGCGUUGCACACCAACACGGCGGAGAUAGCGGACGUAUCGGAGAUCACAGUGGAGGACUGUACUCAGAAGCUGAAGGCACUCAGUCCAAAAGAAAACCUGAAGAUCUACUAUCAACCCGAAGUUCGAGCCGAAGCUACGAGACUGCCGAUCCUGAUGGACCUCCUACCAGGACUGCGUGAUGAACAAGCUGGUGGAUUCAAACGUGGACGCCCUCCAAGUGCACUCAGCACAAAUUUUUUCCGACUGAAUGAGAAGUGCAACAAAACGAUGUGGUGGACUGUGUGCAAGUACUGCUAUGCAGCUCACGUAAGGGACAGAGAUUCGGUUCCUUUCCCUACCCAUGUUCACGGGCGAAAGGAUUCGUGGGAGAAACACUUGUCAGAGUGUGUGUACUACACUCGUGUUACUGGCGAUGGACUUCGGAGCGACGAGAAUCAAGCUGGAGCAAGGACGUAUGGAGAGUCUAGCAAGCAUCAAUGCACUUCGGCACCUCAAUUUACGCCUGUUGAAAUAAUUAUAUUUUGGCGCCUACUGCUGGAGUUUCAAGCUGAGGCUUUGCUGCCUGAUUCCUUCGUGGAAUUGAUGUCAUUCCGCCGAUUACUGGUGUUCUUGAACGCCCGCUGUGGGAUCCAAGGCGCGAUUCCGCAUCGCCAUAUCUUGGGCGGCCGUGUCCUAACUGAAUAUGCAGAUCUACAUGCUGCUGAGCAGCGAGCCAAGGUUUGCGAGAUCCAGCAAAAAAGCGGCGGAAGGGUGAAUUUCCUGUCUGAUGUUUGGGAAACUAUUGCAAAGGUGCACGUACUGGGUUGCAUGGUAUCGUUGUUUGGUCGGCUUAUGACUUACGGUUUAAAGCCAACUGGUGAUCGCCAUGAUGGCCUUGCAAUAGCUCAGCAAAUGGAGGGGUGA